CUCUGUAACAAAAUAGCAAAGCUCCGGAUGUUCCGCAGCCCCGGGCGCUCACAGGUGGAGGGUCCCGGGGCCUAGGACGGUGCGCCGGAGCGGGAGGCGCCGGCAGGCCGUGGAGAGGCCGGGUCUAGAGCCGCGAGGCGCGCGGGGGUGGGCGCUGCAGCCGCGGGUUGUUUAUCUGGAGUACGGAGGGGAGGGGGGAGCCUGGAAACCGCCCCGUGUCCCAUUUCCUCCUCUUGUUUUCGCUCCGGAUUCUCCAUGUUGGACCCAAACUGAGGAGCCCGGAGCUGCCGCCGGGGGAUCGGGGCCGGGGGCACCCGGGGGAGCCGCUGCCCGGGCCGCCCGCGCUCCGUACAGGGCGCCUCCCUUACCGGCCCAGGGAGGGAACGAGAGCAGGGAUGUGAACGGCUGUGGGAGUCGGAGUCUCGGGAGCCGGAGCGGGCCCCCGCCCAGGCCCCCUAGCCCAGCCCAGCCCAGCCUGCGCGCCCGCCGGUCCUCCCGCCCAGCCAGCCCGGGCCCGCGGGAUUGUUAGAUGGAACACGGCUCCAUCAUCACCCAGGCGCGGAGGGAAGACGCCCUGGUGCUCACCAAGCAAGGCCUGGUCUCCAAGUCCUCUCCUAAGAAGCCUCGUGGACGGAACAUCUUCAAGGCCCUUUUCUGCUGUUUUCGUGCCCAGCAUGUUGGCCAGUCAAGCUCCUCCACUGAGCUCUCUGCGUACAAGGAGGAAGCCAAUACCAUUGCCAAGUCGGAUCUGCUCCAGUGUCUCCAGUACCAGUUUUAUCAGAUCCCGGGGACCUGCCUGCUCCCAGAGGUGACAGAGGAGGAUCAAGGAAGGAUCUGCGUGGUCAUUGACCUGGAUGAGACCCUUGUGCAUAGCUCCUUUAAGCCCAUCAACAACGCCGACUUCAUAGUGCCUGUGGAGAUCGAGGGGACCACCCACCAGGUGUAUGUGCUCAAGAGGCCUUACGUGGAUGAGUUCCUGCGACGAAUGGGGGAACUCUUUGAAUGUGUUCUCUUCACUGCCAGCCUGGCCAAGUAUGCCGACCCCGUGACGGAUCUGUUGGACAGGUGUGGGGUGUUCCGGGCCCGCCUGUUCCGUGAGUCCUGUGUGUUCCACCAGGGCUGCUACGUGAAGGACCUCAGCCGCCUGGGAAGGGACCUGAGGAAAACCCUCAUUCUGGACAACUCGCCUGCUUCCUACAUCUUCCACCCGGAGAAUGCAGUGCCCGUGCAGUCUUGGUUUGAUGACAUGGCAGACACUGAGUUGCUGAACCUGAUCCCAAUCUUUGAGGAGUUGAGCGGAGCAGAGGAUGUCUACACCAGCCUCGGGCAGCUGCGGGCCCCUUAGCCUCCCCUGCUCCCAAGCAACAGCCAUCCCAGUCGGGGACUUUCCUACACUGUGCCUUCACGAUCAGCCUGACGGAGUGGAAGCUGGAGCAUCUCACUCAGUGGGGCCUGGAAAUAGAAGUGACUGGAAAGAGCUUUAGGACAGGUUAGAUGCCGAGUGGCCAAUACCAGACCAAUGAUACCCAGAGCGGCCUGCUCCUUGAGUUGGGUUCCCAAGAUUGCGUGUGUGUGUGUGUCCUGCCUUGAACUGUGGCCCUGGGAUAUAAGUGUUUCAGGACAGGGGAGAAACUGAAAGAUCGAGACUCUCCCCAAGUUAGUCUGUUUCCUCUCCAGUCACCCUGAAAGCCCCUGAGCUCUUUGGGAUUAAGACUGUUGAAGGCUCCGUUGCCAAACCCAUGGCCUUCCCUCAGUGUUGUGAGGCUUAUGCCAAGGAGAAAGGAAGGGUCAGAGGCUACCUUUGGGUGCCUCAGGCACACACCUUUCUGAAACCUUUUUCCAGCCACCUGCUGCAGACAGAAAGACGACAUUUCUGGAAGAUGAAAGCUUGUUUCCAGAACCGGCAGCCCCAGUGGCCAUCAAGUUCUGUGGCCCAAGGGCUGCUCUUGCCUCCAGCAGAGUGCCUGGCAUGAGCUCCUUCUAUGUCUCCCCAAGGCUUGGACGCUCGGCCUGCCUUCCUCACCACCUAGCCAUAGUCUUGAACCUGUGGGGAAGGAGGUCUUCUCCCUGCCCUGGAAGAGAAACUGAUUUCCGUUCUUUUGACUCUGUUUUAAAAUUCUCUUUCUAAACUGGGAGUGUUGGGCCUGUUUUGUUUCUGACAAAGCUGCCGUCCUGGGCCUGAGAUGAAUGUGGGAGGCUCUGGGGGUACAGGGAAGAGGAAAGCCCCAAAUGUCUGUGUCCCCUUGGCUUGUAGAUCAGCUGAGCUCAGGACCGUGUCCCUAAGUCUGCUCUUCAGGGAUUCUCUGCUGGUGCUGGUGCCAG